CUUCGCGUGUCUACUGCACAAGCUCUCUGUUCGUUGCUUUGAUAUGGGAGAGCAAUCCUCCAUCUGAUCCGGCAGCGAAUAAACAAGUGGUCAUUGCACUAGAUGAAUUGAAGGCGGAAACCAAGAUUUAGUUGCUACAAUCAAUACUGUAGCAUAUUUUACAGUGCAACUGGUGGCUGUCGCUCUAUUUGCCUAUAAGAGGUGGAAGGAGUUUCAUUGCUGAAUCGUCAUGAACAUUUAUGUUUUUAUGGUGAGACGUGAGCUGCAGUGAGUUAGUAAAUUUGGUACAUGCACGUUAGCAUAGUUGCAGUAGGCGGUAGUGUGUGAGAAGUGUGGCAGUCUAAUGCAAAUAGAGUGAGUGCUCUUUGGACAAUGAUGUCUCAUCUAUGACAAGAGCACGUGAGCUGUUAGACGGGAAGUUUGACAGGGGAGGGGAUUGGAAUGGGAAAUUGGUUGAGACCAUGUUUGGUAGACGACGUUUGCUCACAUUAGAUUAGGUGGAAAUGUUCUAUUUCAGACUAGAACGCAACUCCCCCUCGGAUGUGAGGGUGUGUGAGGAGGAGUAUAUAAGAGCAAGCUCACCAGCUCACUUCAUCAAUAUCGAGGAUAUCGGUCAUCAUCAUGUUUUCAUUUUUUGUGACAGUUCUUGUGCUCAUUCAAGUCAUUGCUACUUGUGGUGGUCAAAGUGUGUCAGAUGAGAGAAAUCAGCAGACAUGUGUGUCUGCUGGUGUACCCGGAGUACCUGGAUCACCUGGAGUUAAUGGAUCACCCGGACGAGAUGGAAUGAAAGGAGAAAAGGGGAUGAACGGAGAGAAAGGAUUAGUUGGAGAUGGUGGUGCACAAGGAAUAAAAGGAGAAGAAGGAAGGGAAGGAGAGAAAGGAAUAAAGGGAGAGAGAGGAUUAGUUGGAGAUGUCGGUGGUAAAGGUAAUGCUGGGAAGAUAGGUCCACAAGGUCCACAAGGUCCAGGAGGGAUAAAAGGAGAAACAGGAAGGAAAGGAGAGAAAGGAGAAGCUAUGACACUCAACUGGAAACAGUGUGUGUGGGAUAGAAAUGAUAAUAAGGACAGCGGUCUGAUUCAGAACUGUAAUUUUAGGAAACAUGACAGCAAUUCAGCUCUACAUGUUGCAUAUGCAGGAAAUCUCAGGGUUGUAUGCUACAGUGGUGAGUGCUGUUCUCGAUGGUAUUUUACAUUCAACGGUAACGAGUGCAGUGGACCUAUGACUAUUGAGGGAGUUGUGUAUGGUAAUCCAGCUAAUGAUAAUCCUCUCCGUCACAGACAGAUUGAGGGAUACUGUGAGAACAUUCCAGCAGGUCAAGUCACAAUUGGAUUCAACAUUGGAAACUGUAACAAAUAUACAUCAACAACGUAUAAUGGCGAAACAGGAUGGGCAUCAGUAUCUCGCAUUAUGAUUUCAGAAGUUCUUCCAUCACAAAAGUGACUGAAUUAGAGAGAAAUUAGAACUUGUGUUCAGUAUAGUUUGCAGUACGUACAGUACGAGGUAGCUGAAGUAGGAGGCUGGAUAGUGUGCGUGCAUGUCUCUUGUUGCUGUAUGUGAGUGUAUGUAUAAUUAGUUCAGUGUAUAGCUGCAACUAACAAUCGAUAUU